CACGCGCCCGCCCCGAUGGACUCGUAUGUUUCUCGCCUCGUUCCUCUUGCUCCUGUCUCGGAUUCCUUGACUCAGGACGCCACCCCCCUCCUCCAACAUUCCUAACCGCCUCGGCUUUGCUGACAAUCGCCCUCUUCCAAGCAAUAGAUUCAUCGCCAUGUCCGCCGCUGGCUGGUCACAGCCUCUUGGAGGCGCAUCUUCAAAACCCAACCGCCGUUCUCUGGGUCACUUUCGCUCGCUCUCCUCCAUCGCCGUCACCUCCAACCACAGACCCCGAGCUCCCUCUCUCGCCUCCAACCACGUCCUGUCAAAAUCCUCCUCUUCCUCACACUUGGCUAUCGUUUCUUCCGCUUCUCAAUCCGAUUUCGACGAUGAGAUGAGCACCUUGCCAGAUCCUCGGAGUCGGGCUAUGAGCCCGGCUGAUGACGCCGGCGCCCCGAGCCCCAGUCGCCACCCCGAUCUCAACGAUGAGGUAGCCACCCUUAGCACCAAGCUCAUCAAUGCUAUCAACCACCAGACGAUCCUCGACGACUCCCUAUCAACCGCUCGUCAUGAGCUUGAAGCUGCCCGUGAGCAAAUUCGCUCCCUCGAGGCCCAGAAUGCCUCACAGCGCGAUAUGCUCGCCGGUGAUGUCUGGAUCCGAAAACAUACCGUGGAGGCUGAGAAGAAGGUUCUGCACAUGAGGAUCUCUGAGGAGCGACAAAAACGUCUUGAGAUGGAAAGGGAGAAGAAGAAGAUCGAACAGGAAUUGGAGAACCUGACUGCCGCCCUCUUCGAGGAGGCUAACAAGAUGGUAAUAGGCGCAAAAGAGGAGGCCAAGGCAGAUCACGAAGUCUUGCAACGGAAAAACGAUCAGCUCAAAGCUCAACUCGCCGACUCGGAGAGUCUUCUCAAGUCCCAACAGGAGCAACUCUUCGAGCUUAAACACGUCAUGGAACAUAUGGCCGCCGAACAGGAAGAUCAAACCAACGCCACUGCCCCCUCUUCACCCGGUAUCGGCAAACUCGAAUCCCGAGACGAUGAUCGACCCUCAACCGAUGAGCCCGCGCCCUCACCCUGGGGUGCCUCUGUCGAGCCAUCACCUCCGACUGCCUUCCCUCACCUCGUCCAACCAGUCCUGCGCACCGACCUCUCGUCCUACGAUGACUUCACUAGCCUCGCCCGCCUGUCCCGCAACCGUGCCAGUAGCCGAGUUUCAUCAGGCUCCAUUAGCGCCCUCAAUGCUCUGACGUCGCUGGGCCUCGGUGGAUCGACCUCGAGUGCCCAUCCCUCAAACGCUUCCACCACCUCUUUGAAUACCUCCGCCCCGACAAGUGGUAGCGCUCCCCAAUCACCCAACACCCCCGCUUCCACUAUUAGCGCCAACUCGAACGCCUCGAUGCCCCCUCUACCCAGUCUCAAGGACACGAGGUUCUACAAGCGUGUUCUUGCUGAGGAUAUCGAGCCUACUCUCCGCCUUGACAUCGCCCCUGGCCUUUCAUGGUUGGCUCGCCGAACCGUUGUCAACUCCAUGAUGGAAGGGUCGUUGGUCGUUGAGCCCGUCCCUGCUGGUACCACAUCAUUCCUUGCCUUGACAAAACCCCAGUUUUAUCCGUGUUCUCUCUGCGGCGAAUCUCGUUCCGACCCGAUGUACCUACGCAACCACCGGUUCCGAACGAGCGAGGCUGAUUCAGCUCAACGACACCCCCUCUGCAAGUAUUGCCUCACUCGCGUCCGUUCCACUUGCGACUUUCUGGGCUUCUUGCGCAUGGUUAAGGAUGGUCACUGGCGGGCCGAUGACGACGACCAUGAAAAGGCUGCCUGGGAAGAGAGUGUCAGGUUGAGAGACCAAAUGUUCUGGGCGAGGAUUGGUGGUGGUGUUGUUCCCGCGACUCAGUUGGGGCUAUCGGUGGAACUCGAAAAGAGCCCACGUAAUAGCCACGAGGACCGUACCUCUUCCAAUCCUGACUCGAUGGACAAAACCAUUCUUAUCGUGAGGGAAACGUCUCCAGUGGACCUUGACAGAAUAAGGGAUAUCCCCAAGAAGGUGCCUAUCGAGGCACCGCGUACUCCCCCGAACCAGACCGAAGGAGCCAGAAGCGUUCGUAGCUCCGUUCGGUCUCUGGAGGUCAAGAGCACCGCCAGUUCCGAGGACACGAAGCGCUUGUCUCUUACGAUUCCUUCUACGGAAUCUUGAGCAAUCACGCACCCUCCCGAGGCCCAGAUCACUUGACCUCGCGUUUGUGGCGCAUUGUAUUAAUUCUUUUUUUUGUAUAUUAGCUUUGGGUCUGCACAGGAUUGCAUGCAUGGGUUUGGCUUUUGUUUGGACUGCCUACUUGGUCUCGGCCCCCCUUGGUCCAGAGGAGAAACAAGGGCGAUUAUUAGCGGGAGAUUGGUGGGAUUUCAACAUACAUCGGAUGACAGUUAUGGGCCUGGUUGGGAACAGGAUGGAUGAUUUGAGACUAUUGGUCGUUACACGGGCGUUUCUGGAUCGCGCGCAUCUUCAUUGCUGGCGUAUUACGGCUGGGUUGGGUCUUGCUCUGGGACCAGAUGUCCCUUUUUGUCUUCAUUGCUGAGCGUCACGAUUGGAUUACACAUACAGUCACUAGAUCCGCUGUCGUCAUGACAUGGACGGUGCCAAUAGUCGUAGUAGUAAUAGAAAUGAUACCAGAG